AUGCAGCGAGCAAGCUCAGCGGUGGAAUUUUCCAACCUGCUGAAUCCACAACCUCAAAAUCCAUACGAUCAGCAACAAGGAAGAGGAGGUUAUACCCAGGAAGGCGGUAUGUCUGCGGCCGUCAGGGCACUACCGCCCUUGGUCGGAGGCCUUCCAGACGAUAAAGGACAAGACCUGCCUCGACCAUACAAAUGCCCUCUCUGCGAUAAGGCUUUUCACCGCCUCGAACAUCAAACAAGGCACAUAAGAACACAUACAGGGGAGAAGCCACACGGAUGCUCCUUUCCGGGCUGCACGAAACGCUUCAGUCGGUCAGAUGAGCUGACUCGUCAUUCACGGAUACACAAUAAUCCCAAUUCGAGACGAAGCAACAAGACUACACACCAGACUGCGGCCAUGGCAAGCUACGCCCAUCAAGACCAGGCCGUAUCUGCGUCCAUGAUGCCUCCUCCGCAGCACAACAUGUCACGCUCCGCCCCGACAUCCAAAGUCGGCUCACCCAACGUUUCUCCUCCCAACUCGUACUCCUCUUAUUCAGCCAACACUCCAUCUACACUCAACCCGCACGCACGAAGUAACGGAGGGAGUCCGAACGGAUUGUCACACAAUCCAAUGGACAUCAAUCUACUUGCGACAGCUGCGUCACAAGUUGAGCGUGAAGACCAACAGCCAAACCACGGGUCUGUCGCUCGGCACCACCAUCAUCACCAUCACCACCACCACCCAUACUACAUCCACGGUAGCAGUAGUGCCAACCGACUACCUUCGCUUUCGCAAUAUGCCUACUCGCAAAACAUGUCCCGGUCCCACUCGAACGAAGAAGACGACAGCUCAAGGCCCCGCUUGUUCAAGCGGUCGCGGCCUGCGUCUCCCAACUCGACCGCUCCUUCAUCUCCAACCUUCUCUCACGACUCGCUCUCGCCCACACCCGAUCAUACGCCUCUGGCUACUCCCGCGCACUCACCCCGCUUACGACCCUACGGUGACCACGGCCUUCACCUGCCUGGAAUCCGCCACCUCUCCCUCACGCACGCACCGGCUCUCGCCCCAAUGGAGCCUUCAGCCGACGGCACUCCCCUUUACGGCAGCCUCACGAACCAAUCUACAUACGGCGGCGGCCCCCGGAUCAGCGAAAUCAUGAGUCGCACGGAUGGCACACACAGGAAGCUACCCGUUCCGCAGAUUCCGAAAGUGGCAGUACAAGACUUGCUCAAUCCUAGCAGUGGCUUCGCUAGUGGCAGCUCGAGCACCGCAGGCAGUCAGGCAGGGAACGAUUUGGCCGAACGGUACUGA